CCGACAGUAGUUGCCAUAGAAACAUUGACUCAGAAUACUUGGACCAAUCACUGUCGUCUGGGUCCAAAUGGUGACGUUCAUAUGGCGGUAAAUAGCGACUGAAUUGGCUUCAUUUCGCUGAGCCAGAGGAACUGCUGGCUGAACAAAGCUGCUCAGCCAGUUUGAAACUGAGAGCAUAAGAAAGUGGAGGCAGAGAGAAACUGGAAGCAUGGCAGACACAGAAAAGGUAAAGACUUUAUCCAAACAGCAGCCAGCAGCUGGUGGAGACACAGAUACAGAACUUCAUGAGAAGCCUGAGCCAAAACUGAGUCCUGUCAGCGCUGGACCUGCUGAUUUGAACAAGACUGCACAAGUACCUGAGAUCAAGAGCGAUGAGAAGCAAAGCCAGGAGCCCAAAGUUCCAGAGGAACCUAAGAUCCACGAGGACCUGAAAGAGUCUGAGGAUUCCCAGAAGUCUAACGAGGAAAAGCCAGAGACAGAGGAGAAGGAGGAACCUCUGGGCCCUGACGAUGUGGUUUGUGACUCGUGUAUUGAAAGUCCUCGCAGGGCUGUUAAGUCCUGCCUCACCUGCCUUGUUUCCUAUUGCGACACCCACCUCCGGCCUCACCUGGAGAACCCAAAGUUUCAGAACCACCGGCUUCUGGAACCACUCAGAGACAUCGAGAGACGAACCUGUGAAAGCCACAAGUGGCCCCUGGACCUUUUCUGCUCAGCAGACACCUGCUGCAUCUGUAAAGACUGUGUGCCAGAAAGCCACAAGGGCCACAACAUCACGCCGGUGGUGGAGGCUCGGAGACGGACAGAGAAAGAGCUGAAGGAGAAGCAGGUAGAUAUGGUGCAGACAGUGACGACAGCGGAGAAUGCCAUCAACCAACUCCAGGUCAACACCGUUUCUAUUGAGCACUCAGUGACAGAAGUGCAGGAAGUGAUUGAGGCGCAGUUCAAGGAGCUGGAGGCAAUGGUGGAGAAAGCAAAGAGGGAGCUGAAGGUGUUCCUGGAGGGUGAGGAGAAGCAGGCGCUGCGGCAGGCCGAGGGAAUCCGGGUACAUCUGGAGCAACGCUGCAAGGAGCUGAAGAAGGCUCAGGAGCAGAUGGAAAAACUUUCCAGGCACAAAAAUGAUGUGGACUUCCUCCAAGAGUACGCAGACUGGAAGAAGGAAGCCCCCGAUUACUCUCUGCCGGGGGUCUACAUCGGCCUGAUGGACAGUCUGAAGGUCUUCAGCCGGGUGAUUGUUGACUCUACAAAGAAGAUCUGUGACAUGCUGGAGUCUUCCUACAUUAAAAAAGUCAGACAUGAAGAGGAAAUGGUUAUUCAGACAACUGUGAGGACAACUGUUGCAACUCUGCACAGCAAGUCCAUCCCUGACCCAAAGACACACGCCGACUUCCUCAAAUAUGCCUCUGUGGUGAGUUUUGAUCCUGACACGGCUCACACGUUCCUUCGUCUGACUGAGGAGAACAAGAAAGUGACCAACACCACCCCCUGGCAGCAUCCUUACCCUGACUUACCUGAUCGAUUCGAGCACUGUCGUCAGGUUCUGGCUGCAGAGAGCUUCUACAUGAACCGCCACUACUUUGAGGCGGACAUCAGUGGUGAGGGCACGCACAUUGGCUUGACCUAUAAAAGUAUUGAGCGUAAGGGCAACGAGAGCAGCAGCUGCAUCGCAGGAAACGACUACUCCUGGUGCAUCCAGUGGAACGGACGGACCUUUUCUGCCUGGCACUCCAACGAGGAGACUCCACUGAAUGUGGAGAAGUUCACUCGAGUUGGGGUUUAUUUGGAUUACAUACAAGGCCGGCUGGCUUUCUAUGGAGUGGAUGAAACAAUGACGCUCCUCCACGAGUUUAAGGCAAAGUUCCUGGAGCCUCUAUAUCCAGCGUUCUGGCUGCCUAAGAAGGAGAACAUCAUCUCCUUAGUGGCUUCUGGGGAGCCUUUACCACUGAAAAGCCCGUCUCCUCCCUCUUCACCUGCAACUGGAGCUGUUUUUGCAAAAACCAAAGCAACUUAACUAACAAUAUCCAAAGAGAAAGAACAACUAAUGCAGACGUGUUGGUUUGUUAUAUGUAACAUGCUCACAGCAGAUUUGUUACUAAACUGUGUGUGUACAUUCCUGACUCGUAUAUUUAUGCAUUCAACCGUGGAAAUAAUCAGCUCUCUGUUUGCAUAUUCUCAUCAGGUUGAUGUCAUUGUAUGUUUGUGGUGUGUUAAUGUACACCAGGUCCGUAGACGGAGAGAAGCCUGAAACUAUCCACAAAAUCUCUUCCUUUGUAAGAUGAAUGAACAUGGUCCAUAAAAGUAAACAUUAAACAACAGCGGUUGCUUUUUCA